AUGGAAGAAAAUGAAGACGGGAAGAAAAUCGCAAAUCAGUGCGACGAAAAUGAAACAAUCUGUUCGCAACAGUACAAUGUGUAUAUAUUUGGUGAUGAACUGAAUGAUAAGCUGAAAUUAUUGAAUUAUGAAGAAAAUUAUGCAAAUUUAGACAUGAGUUAUAGGACAAUUUCAAGAGAAUAUUUUGUAAGAAGCACAAAUGUUGGCGAACAAUUUUUCAUUUUUACUACAUUAUCAGCUUGGCUCAUACGUAUAUCAGUUGACCCGAAAUUUGCAUUUCCACGAGAGUCUGAUGACCCAAAUGGAGUAAUUUCAAACAUUUUAAAUGUGCUUCGAUCUAAAAAUAUAUCCAUAGAUUUCUCGCCCAAUAAACUCAAAAGUGGAGCAGGUGUACAGUGCUUGUAUGUGUUAAACAAAUUGGCAGAUUUAGCCCUAAUUGCAACGGAAAUCACGGCCGAAGAGUUUGAAGAGAUUGAUCAACAACAACAAAUCGAUAUUGCUGAUGAUGAAGAUCAUGGUAUAGAUAUAGAUCUACAGGCUUUACCGUUGGUGGCAGAACAACCACUAGAAAGCAUUCUUAAGAGCGAUACAGAUGUAACUUCCUGGAAGGCUGAAGUAGAACGAGCAGCUCCACAACUCAAAAUCAUAAUUAGACAAGAUGCAAAGGACUGGCGGAAUCAUUUGGAACAGAUGCAAACAUUGCAGACAGUUCUGAAGGAACUGCUGAAUUCAGCACAACCACUUCUGAAGGGUCUUGCCAGUGACCUUAGCUCAACUAUGGAGCGAAUUGCUAUCAGAGAAAAUCAUCUUAACAAUGAAUUGCAAGCAGCCAUGACAAAAUUUCGCGCUGCAAAAGAUAAUUUGGCGGAGGCAAAUGAAAAGUAUAAGACAAUUGGUACUGGCAUUGCAGAGCGUACGGCAAAGUUACAGCGUGUUUGUGAUGAACUCGAGCAAGUCAAGCAACAAAUCGAGGAAACAAGCUCACGUAACAAUGAUGGAGCUCCAAUGCUAAGAUUGAAACAAGCGUUGCAAAAGAUGGAAUCAGAGAUUGUUAAGAUGAAUGUGCAAAUCAGUGUAAUGCAGCAGUCAAUUCUUCAAAGUCAACUGAAAAACCGCGCUGCUUUCAACGCUUACUUCUAA